AUGGGCAGCCCGUUUUGGGCGCUGCGCCUCGCCUUCGUCGCCACAAUACAAUCCACAUACGUGCUCGAGCUGACCCUGGAUGGGACCCCAGCGCCGCUGCGCUUCGACGACGUCGACGACGUGCGCGCCGUCGCCGCGGCCUGGAGCGCGCGCUAUCCGGCGGCCGGCGGCAUGGACUGCGGCGACGGCGACGCGUCCUGCGUCGUCGACGUCCUCGCCGGCGCCAUGGACGCCCUGCGCGGCGAGGCGAACGCGACGGGCCGCGCCGCGGGCCUCGCGGCGCGCGCCGUCGGCGCCUGCGCGGCGUCGGAGCCGGGCGCGGCCGACGCGUCCGCGGCUGUCGUCGCGGACGCGCUCCGGUCCCUCGCCGCGGCGCGCGGCGACCCGGCCUUCGUCGCCGAGCAGGUCGCCGGCUUCUGCUACUGCGCCGCGGACCGGCGGAGCGCGGCCGGUGCGGGCGGCCUGCCGCAGGCGCGGCGAGCCGCGGCGCUCGCCGCGGCCGACGGCGCGCGGCGCGUCGCGGCGGCCGCGGCGCGGCUCGCGCUGGACCUGGAGCCGCGGCGCGUCGUCGCGGCGCGCUUCGGCAUGAUGGUGGCCUCCGAGGUCGGCGACGCCGACGCCGCGGGCGCCUUCGGACGGGCCUUCGCGCGAUUGAAGUGGCCCCCGUCCGGUUUCGUGGACCACGUCCUCGGCAGCGCCGCCGUCGACGUGCCGGUCAUGAUCGCGCCGCCCGUCGCCUGGAGCCCGACGCUCGAGGAGGUGUCGUCGACCGUGCUCCUGGGCCACGUCCACUCGACCUUCGUCGACCGGCUGGCGGAGCAGUUACGGUUCCUCGACGACGAGGGCUUGGCGAACGCGUCCUGCGCCCUCCCCGUGGACCUGCGCGUCGCCGCCGCGGGGCUGCGGCUCCUCGGCGACGCCGCGCGGCGCCUGCGCGUCGCGGCGCACGGCGACGCGAGCGACGAGGCCGCGUACGCGUACGUCGACCGCUCGGGCGAAAUCCACGCGCCGGUGUCGCGGCUCCUCGCGGGCGAGCCGGACGACCAGAAACGGCGCACGAUGGCCGCGGGGGCCGCCGUGCUCGGCAAGGCCGUGUGCGUCGUCGACGCGCCGGCGGUGGCCGGCGGCGCGCUCGCGCUGUCGGGCGAGGCCGCGGCGACGGCGGAGGCGGCGUUCCUCGACCGGGGCGUCGCCGUCGUCGACGGCCUGCUCCGGGCCGAGACGCUGGAACGGCUGCGACGGUUCGUCCUCGGGUCCACGGUCUUCACGCGGGCCUACGCCCAGGGCUACCUCGGCGCGUUCCUCGGCGACGGCUUCGGCGCGGCGGCGGUCGUGCAUCAGGUCGCGUCCGACCUCCGCGCGCGGUUCCCCGCGCUGCUCGGCGACGCCCAGCUCACGCAGGCCUGGGCCUACGUCUACCCGCGCGACGCCCACAGCCGCGGCAUCGACGUCCACAGCGACGACGCGGACGUGUCCGUCAACGUCUGGAUCGCGCGCGACGCCUCGAACCUCGCCCGGGGCUCCAAGCUCGGCGGCCUCCGCAUCUUCGAGCGCGAGCCGCCGGCGGACUGGGACUUCGCCAAGGCGAACCAGGAGACGGACGCCAUCCUCGCGCUCCUCGGCGACGACGCCGUCGAGGUCGUCGCCCACCGCUUCAACCGCGCGGUCAUCCUCAACGGCCACCGGUUCCACCAGACGGACGCCAUGGACUUCCGGCCCGGCUUCCGCAACAACCGCAUCAACCUCACGUUCCUGUUCCGGAGGCGGACCCUCGAAGCGAGCUGCCACGUCUAA